CUACCGCUCCCAGGGAGCCGCGGGCGGGCGCGGUCAGGUGGCGCCCAACAUGGCUCCGCCGUGCCCCGGCUCCCUGCGCGGCYGCUGAGCGCAGUCGGGGCGGCGGCGGGGCCAUCAUGCAGAAGAUCAAGUCGCUGAUGACCCGCCAGGGUCUGAGAAGUCCUCAGGAGAGUGUUAAUGACCUCAGUCCUAUUGAAAGCUUUCGGAUUCCUACUAAGGAGGAGCUCAGAGAACUGCAUGAAGAGCCAAUUGAUCCUCAGGCACAACAGGAAAUAAUUAACAGCAUUGAAGAAGUUUAUUUUUCCAAUGACUCCUUUGAUAUUGUGAAGUAUGAGUUAGAGAGGCUUCCUCCAGUACUUAGUCUUCAAGAACUGGAAGAGUACAGAGACAAACUAAAACAACAACAAGCUGCUGUGUCUAAGAAAGUUGCAGAUUUAAUCCUCGAAAAACAACCUGCAUAUGUUGAGGAACUUGAGCGUGUUACAUCAUUGCAGACUGGCCUUCAGUUAGCAGCAGUUAUUUGCACAGAUGGAAGAAGACACCUGAAUAUAGCAAAGGAAGGCUUCACGCAAACUAGUUUGGGGCUACUUGCAAAUCAGAGGAAACGACAGUUGCUUAUUGGACUGCUAAAGUCYCUGAGAACAAUAAAAACACUGCAAAGAACUGAUGUACGUUUGAGUGAGAUGUUGGAGGAAGAGGAUUAUCCAGGAGCUAUUCAGCUGUGCUUGGAAUGCCAGAAAGCUGCCAGCACUUUCAAACACUACAGUUGUAUAAGUGAAUUAAAUUCAAAACUGCAAGACACCUUGGAACAAAUAGAGGAACAACUGGAUGUAGCACUUUCCAAAAUAUGCAAGAAUUUUGAUAUCAAUCAUUAYACAAAGGUUCAGCAGGCUUACAGGCUACUUGGAAAAACACAGACAGCAAUGGACCAGUUACAUAUGCACUUCACUCAAGCCAUUCACAAUACGGUGUUUCAAGUAGUCCUUGGAUAUGUGGAGCUAUGUGCAGGAAACACAGACACUAAGUUUCAGAAGUUGCAGUACAAAGACCUCUGUACACACAUUACAUCAGACAGCUACAUUCCAUGCUUGGCUGAUCUCUGCAAAGCCCUCUGGGAAGUCAUGCUCAGUUACUACCGAACGAUGCAGUGGCAYGAGAACCAUGACCAGGAUGAGGCAGCAGUUGUGUCUUCUGUUUCAGAUGGCAACAAUGUGAUUGGAACUGAAGAGAACUGUUUUGACCGCAACUAUGUAAAAAAGAAACUGGAACACGGGCUUUCACGAAUAUGGCAGGAUGUCCAGCUGAAAGUGAAAACAUAUCUUCUGGGAACAGAUCUGUCUAACUUCAAAUACGAUGACUUCAUAUUUGUACUUGAUGUUAUCAGCAGGCUGAUGCAAGUUGGAGAAGAAUUUUGUGGCAGUAAGUCUGAAGUUUUGCAAGAAUCUAUCAGAAAACAAAGUGUUAACUAUUUCAAAACAUACCACAGAACCCGUCUUGAAGAACUAAGAAUGUUUUUGGAGAAYGAGACCUGGGAACUUUGUCCUGUUAAAUCAAGCUUUAAUAUUUUGCAGCUUCAUGAAUUUAAGUUCAUGGAGCAGUCGCGUUCUCCGUCUGUGUCACCGAGUAAGCAGCCUGCCUCAGCAAUUUCAGCAACAGUAACGUUGUUUGAGCAGUACUGUAAUGGAGGAAAYCCCUUUGAAAUCCAGGCUGACAGCAAAGAUGAUGAGACAGAAGAUGUCUUAGCUUCCAAUGGGUAUGAAUCAGAUGAACAAGAAAAAAGUGCAUAUCAAGAAUAUGAUAGUGACAGUGAUGUUCCCGAAGAGUUGAAAAGAGAUUAUGUGGAUGAGCAGACAGGAGAUGCCCCGAUAAAAAGUGUUUCUCGAGAAACUCUGAGGAGCAGAAAGAGAUCAGAUUAUAAUCUCAAUAAAGUGAAUGCACCUAUUCUAACAAACACUACAUUGAAUGUAAUAAGGCUUGUUGGGAAAUACAUGCAGAUGAUGAAUAUUCUGAAACCAAUUGCAUUUGAUGUGAUCCACUUCAUGUCCCAGCUCUUUGAUUACUAUCUGUAUGCAGUCUAUACAUUUUUUGGCCGAAAUGACACGCCCAUACCGACUUCCACACUCUGUGCUUCUAACAGAGAACUGAACAGUGCUAGGCAGUUUGAAUCAACAGGACUGGGGCUCAGUAGCAGCAGAUUACGCACCACACUGAACAGAAUCCAGGAGAGUCUAAUUGAUCUGGAGGUGUCUGCAGAUCCUUCAGGAACUCUCACAGCUGCUGAAGAGAGAAAAGAGAAGGUGCCAAGCCCACAUCUCAGUCAUCUCGUAGUUUUGACAUCUGGCAAUUUGCUGUAUGGUUUGGCAGAGAGAGUGGUGGCCACAGAAUCCUUGGUAUUUCUGGCUGAGCAGUUUGAAUUUCUUCAGCCUCAUCUUGAUGCAGUGAUGCCAGCUGCCAAGAAGCCUUUUCUUCAGCAGUUCUAUUCUCAGACAGUAUCAACUGCCAGUGAACUACGUAAACCAGUUUAUUGGAUUGUUGCUGCUAAAGCCAUUGAUUAUGAACAAAUGCUGCUUCUCAUGGCUAAUGUGAAAUGGGAUGUGAAGGAGAUCAUGUCACAGCACAACGUAUAUGUAGAUGCUCUUUUAAAGGAAUUUGAAGAAUUUAACAGAAGGCUGAACGAUGUAUCUAAGAGAGUCCGUAUUCCACUGCCAGUCUCCAACAUCCUGUGGGAGCACUGCAUACGCUUGGCCAAUAGAACUCUCGUGGAAGGUUAUGCCAAUGUAAAGAAGUGCAGCAAUGAAGGACGUGCCUUGAUGCAACUGGACUUUCAACAGUUCUUAAUGAAACUAGAAAAGUUAACAGACAUUAGGCCUAUUCCAGAUAAAGAAUUUGUGGAGACCUACAUUAAAGCAUAYUACCUGACAGAAAAUGACAUGGAAAGUUGGAUAAAAGAACACAGGGAAUAUUCCACUAAGCAGUUGACCAAUCUGGUGAAUAUUUGUCUGGGCACCUACAUCAACAAAAAAGCAAGACAGAAGCUCUUAGCUACCAUUGAUGACAUAGACAGGCCUAAGAGAUAACUGGAGAACGCUGCUUUCUUUCUGACUUGUACCUUUCUCUGUUCACAUAAAGCAYGCAGACAUUUCUCUCAUGGACUAAUGACAACAUUAGAAAUGUUGUGCAUGACCUUUCUUACCAACAUUGGAAGCACUCUGAAGUGACAUAAUGUUCUAAAAUAYGGCUUUUUUAAUCUGUAGAAUUAUUUUCUGUUGUAUUUCUUUCUUCUUUUUUGGUUACUUGCUCUUAGUAAAGGGCCACUGUUUGUGUAAUAUUGAUGAGCUGUAUAUUUUGCAAAAGUGUAUACUGUAAGUAAAAUCAAAAUCAAAGAGAAACACAUUGGCUUAAUAUAUCAUUGAUGCUCUUUUUAAAUAAAAGGGCUACUUGAAAAUAUGAUUUCUUUUCUCCCAGCUUUCACCUUCAGAUAUUGURCUGUUUUAUGGACCAGUGUAAAAUGGAAGGAUAUGUAUAAUAUUUGAUUGAUGUAUCCUGCAUGUAGAUUARGAGUGCAGAUCAACUAAGUACACUCAUUUUAAAGCCCAUCUUCUUCAUAUGUAUCAAAAAAUGUCUGUUUAUUUCAGAAUUAAUUUAGUCAUAUCAAAAUUAUUGACUUCAGAUUAAUAGAAGGUAAUAAACAUUGUAUGCUAAUAUGACUUCUUUGUGAGACUUUAUUUUUCCAGUUCAGCAAUGCAAAUGUGAGCAGUAAUGCCAGGGAAUUGGAAUUUGCCAGGGAAUGCUUUUCUUACUGAAGUUUUGGAUUGAUACUAAGACACUACUUCCUGUUUCCUGCUCCACUGUAGACAUCCUGGGUGAUCCUGAGCAAAGUAAAAUGGCUUGAGUGCAUAUUUGCCCUGGAAAUCAAUUUGUUAGAGCAUCACUGACUUCACUAAAGUUUUCAGGUUUAUCUUUUGCUUUCUGUGUGUAAAGUUUUAGGAAUUUUAUUUUUUAUUACAUAAUAAACAUUUUGCAGUGCUGUCAGACSUUUUUAAAGGAAACAUUGAGCUAAUAGGUAAAAGAAAUUACAUAGGCUGCAAUCCACUAAUGUGUACAACAUGCUAAAUUCUCACUUUGGGUUUCAUAUUUGCCAUUGUACUUUUAAUUCGAACAUGGGAGAACUAGGACUUAGUGAAUGUCAGCAGUAAUUUAGUGAUGGAAAAUUGCCCCAUGGAGUCAUCCUAAUUGCUCUUUUCUGUGGCCUAAUUUCCUCUUCAGAAUUGUAUUGAGCAUCAUUGUGUGAGUUCAGAGAAAGUCUGUAUACAGUUUUAGAAGAAUGAUAGAAUUAAAAUUUCAAAUAUUGACUGUGUGGUAGUCAGCUUCCUUGUUUAUCUGUAUUUUAAAGGAAAUAAGAUUUAAAACAAAAUUUAACACUGUUCUUCAUUGACCAUGCUGUCAUGCCUAGUUCUAUUUAAAACUUGCUUAGUGGUUUAUCACCAUAUAUGUUGAAGCUGAAUCAGUUUUACCCUCAUUGAAAAGGUGGUUCAGAUGAAAAUGUGGACUUUUGCGUCAGCGUUUCUGCCCUGGAGUCAAAUCCUGAGUGAGAGCUCUCGGAAGAAACAAACAUGUUGGAGACUGUUAGCGUAAAAUAUGUUUUAAUUUUCUUCUCUUGGAUGAAAUAAGAAAUUCAGAUAUCUUUAGCAGAGCUUUGGUGAGCUGAAUGCAUGUAAUUUGUYCUGAACUGCUUAGAUCACUGUAAUUUUAUUGUGUACCAAAAGGUAAAGGUAUAAGCUUUGAUUGGAAUGUAGGGUCAGGGUGAGCAAUUGCAUGAAYCACAAUCAGGAGUGAUUUUUUUUUUUAUAGGAUAUCUGUAGUUUGGCUGGUUAUUUUAAAGUAAGCCCCCAAAUAAUAGAAUGUGUGAGAUGCAGUGUUAAACCUAUGGAACAACAAUUUGAUCUUCAUUCAUAAAUGCCUCAGAAAUCACUAUAUUUUCCACAGGAACAUUUCUUUGCUGCCCAAGAUUGAUGCCAAGGAGGAGGCCACAUAGCUAAAUGACCUACAUACACUCUCAGAUACAUGUUUUAAUUUUUAGGUUGUCCAGUGUGAAAUCAGAUGUAGGACUCAGUGAUCCUUGUGGCUCCAUUCUAACUCAGAAUAUUCUGUAUUACUUGGUUCUGACUGACUAAUGAAACUAAGUUUUCACUGAGUGCUGUAUUGCUUGUUAUGUUAUGUUAAGGAUAUGUUUGGUAGUUUCCAUCCUCUGAUACAAGAAUUUCUUAUAAACCAUUUAUUUUUGAACAUUUCUGUGCAUUUUUGUUCUCCUGUACAAUAAGAAGCCUCUUACAGAAGAUAAGAGAAUGCACAAAACUGUAAAACUGCCUUUUCUUACUGUAAAAGACCUGUGUAAGACUUGCCAUAUUGUAAAUUAUACAAAUGGAUAUGGAAAAAAAAUGGAGAUUUAUUGUGGUUUUGAUGGAAUCUAUUUUAUUUAUAACCACUGCUUGAAAUGGCAUAGCAUAAAGGCUAAAUGUUGUACUGACUGUGGGAUUAUGGUGAAAAUAUGGAAAUAAUGCAGUUUGCAAGCAGCAAGGUUUCUGUGUUUGGUGGGUAUUUAAGGAUAUUUGUGAGUGUGUUGUUUUUGCACUGCACAGCUGGUUUUCAUCAAUCACAAACUUGGUUUUUAAGGAUCUCCUUCUCAUCCAUGAAAUCUUGACGUGUUAUGUGGAACAGUAUCGUAAGUAGUAUUCAGGACUUCACAAAUAUGUUGUGGUUUGGSUUUUUUAAAGUAGGCAUAAAUCCAUAACAUGCCAUAUGAUAAAAUACGUCCCUGAGAAACAAAUGAUGGCAUGGAUAACCUUGGUUUUUUUGUUGUGGAUCCACUGCUUAAUUUUAAUUCUGUGGAGURUUCUGUCCAGCCCCAGAGAGUUUACAUGUAUAAACUAAAUUAAAAAUAGUUGUGUGUGAAUGAAACCCGAGUUUACUUGGCUAUUCUGCAAAACAAAAUCUCUGCAGUAUCUCUCAGCUGUGCUGGUUUGGUCUGGAAUUUUGUAUAUGCACACWUGUGAAAAAGCCCUACUUUCAGAACAGAUCUGUGUUACAUUUAUUAUCUUGCACAGAUUUCAAUGUUGUCAGAUUUAAAGUUGUCAAAUAACUGUUUAAAUGUCUUGAUCUUUAAAAAAAUAUAUGAGCAAGCUGAAGAUCUAGAGGAAGGGAUGCAGUGAGGUACCAGUUGUCACUAAGCAUAAAAUAAAUGAUCAGAUGUGCAAAAUGACUGCAGGUAUUUCUGAAGAUUUUUU